AUGGCCGCCCACGACUCCCACGUGGUGAGCACCGCCACCACUCGAUCCAACUCACCAGUAUACGGAUAUGAGUCUCCCAACGAGGAGAACCAGCCAUGCUUUUUUUCGGCCCCGUCGCCUACCCCCAGUGUCCAGCGAGCUCAGUUUGCUACGCCCGUUCAGCGCCCCGUCCAGGCACCGGGAACAAAGUUUGCCUCCGAACCACCCGUCGCUGCGGUUCCUCGGCCGAGGGUCUCCUUCAACCGGCCUUAUUUUCAGUCAAAUCAGUCCAGCAUCAACGACGUCAUGGUCAAGGCUGAGAAGCGACUCUCCCUUGGCCAAGUCACCCUCAAGGACCGCAUUGCUUGCUACCAAUGGACUUACUUUACAAUGACUAUGGCUACUGGUGGUAUAGCCAACGUGCUUCAUUCAUUACCUUAUCAUCCCCCCUGGGUCUUUGGCCUCGGCGUUUUCUUUUGUCUCUUGAAUCUUACGCUCUUCUUAAUAAGCUGUAUUAUGCUCUCUGUUCGCUUCUACCUACGUCCCGGUAGUUUCGUCAACUCCUUUACAGAUCAAGUCGAAUCUCUCUUCAUUCCAGCAUUCUUUGUGUCAAUUGCCAUUAUCCUCAUCAAUAUUUGCGAAUACGGAGUCCCAAACUGCGGCACCUGGCUUCUGCGGACCAUGGAAAUCGCGUUUUGGAUCUACAUUGGCGCAAGUUCCGUGGCCAGUGCCGGCUUGUACUUGGUUCUCUGGUCGACUCUCGUCUUUCCAGUCCACAUGAUGACUCCCACGUGGGUUUUCCCUGCUUAUCCGCUGCUGAUAUCGGCGCCUUUUGCUGCUAAUCUCAUCGAUGCUGCCGACAUCUCUGGCCACACGCUCUUCACAAACAAGGCAGCCAUUGCACUCUGCGCGACGGCGACACAAGGCACGGGCUGCUUGAUUGCCUUUAUGAUCUCGGCUGCUUUUAUAUACCGCCUCAUGACUCAGAAGCUGCCGAGAGACAUGCAACGGCCUGGUGUGUUCAUCUCCAUCGGGCCUUUUGGGUUCACUGCCGCUGGCAUAGCACAGCUAGGCGGUCAAGCCAAGCACGUCAUGCCCGACAACUUCCUCGAGACGCCCAUCACCGCCGACGUCAUCAAAGUGGUGUCGGCGCUGGUAGGCCUCUGGCUAUGGGGGCUGUCCAUGUGGUUCUUCCUGGUGUCAGUCGGUUCGCUGUGGAAAUACGUGCGAUCGGGACACAAGCUGCCCUUCCAGAUGACAUGGUGGUCGUUUGUGUUUCCAAACACGGCCUUGGUCAUUGCCACCGAAGCCAUGGCCGAUGUUUUCCACAGCAACAGCCUGCACAUCCUGGGCGCCGCCAUGGCGGUCGUCCUCGUUGUCGUCUGGGUGGGCGUCUUCUUGACCAUGUUUCACUGCUUGCGGACCAGGAAGCUGCUUUGGCCGAAGGACGCCCCUGUCUAG